AUGAAGGUGAAGCCUACAUCGACGCCUUCAACUAACAGGAUGACAGCGACUGUUGCCAUUAUCGGGACUUGUGACACCAAGUUGGCCGAGUUUCUAUUUCUUCGUGACGAGAUUAAUAAAUACCCCAAGGUGAAGACUCUCCUUAUUGACGUCGGUCGCAAGCCUGUCGCCAACGAUGCAGUCGACGUCUCGGUAUCAGACUUGCUGUUCAAGCACAUCCCAGAGGCCGAAGCCACUCACCUUUCACGCGGAAAAUUUAUUGAAAUGGUGUCCGAGUGCACAACCAAGCUGAUACAAGACAUGUUCACUAAUGGCUCUAUUGAUGGCGUCAUCUCGGCAGGAGGGUCUGGCGGCACGGCCUUGGCUUCGGCCGUGAUGCGGCGUGCGGUCCCUAUCGGAUUCCCCAAGCUCAUCGUGUCAACAAUUGCCAGUGGCGAUACAGGUUUUAUUAUCGGCGAGACGGAUAUUAGCUUGAUGUAUUCUGUCGUCGAUAUUGCUGGUCUCAAUCAAGUACUCCGGGACAUUUUGGCCAACGCCGCAGCCGCCAUAGCUGGAGCCGCGUCUUCGUACUCGAUCCGAAGAGAGCACCGACCAAGGGAAUCGCCCGCCAAGAAGCGAGUCGCCAUAACCAUGUUUGGAGUGACAACGCCUGGAGUAGAUUCCAUAAGAAGUUUCUUGGAAUCCCGAUAUCCCAUCGAAACGUACGUCUUUCACGCCACGGGUCACGGAGGGAUGGCCAUGGAGCGCCUUAUUCGCAAUCGCCAAAUAGAUGCUGUAAUCGAUCUGACAACUACUGAGAUCUGCGAUCUAAUAAUGGGGGGGCAAAUGUCUGCUGGAGACGAGAGACUUGAUGCCGCGAUAGAAGCGGGAAUACCCAACAUCAUAUCACUCGGCGCUUUGGACAUGGCCAACUUCGGUCCCAAAGCCUCAGUCCCGGCCAAAUACCAAGAUCGGCCGCAGGUAGAGCAUAACCCCCUAGUAACACUGGUCCGUUCAUCCGAGAGCGACUGCAAGUCCAUUGCAGAGUUUAUUUGCGACAAGUUGAAAAGAUUAAAAACAACCGCCUUGACUCAAGUUUGGAUUCCCAAAGGUGGUGUGAGCAUGCUCUCAGUUCCUGGCGGCCCCUUCUACGAUGAAGCUGCGGACGCUGCCCUCUUUGACACCCUCAAGGCUAAUUUAGCACACACGGGAAUCAAGGUUAUAGAAGAUCCAGGACAUGUGAAUAAUUUGCAAUUCGCCAUACAUGUUGCAGAGGCUCUAGUAGAGGUGAUGCAACUAUCUCAUUAA